CAGCCCACAAGCCUUCCAAGCAGACGCUGCCUGCACAGUUAAAAGCACCUUAUACAGCUGAACUUUUGUUCUUCUUUUAAAGCCGAAGAUGAGAGGCUGAGAACCAUGGCAAGCAGACUUUUUACUCAUGUGCUGGCCUUACUGCACUUCUGUCCUUCUUACAGCUCCUAUGGACCAUCUGCAUUGCCUGAUAUUGAAGAUCCAGCAUUUAUUGAGGAGUGUGUGAGCACCCACAACAGAUUCCGGUCCACAGUGAAUCCGGAAGCUAGCAACAUGCUUUACAUGAGCUGGGAUCCAGAUUUAGCGAAGACUGCAAAAGCUUGGGCAAAGAAAUGCAUAUUCGAACACAAUAUCUACCUCAAAGAGCCAGGGAAAGCUCACCCCAAAUUCACUCCUGUUGGAGAAAACCUGUGGACAGGCUCAUUUCAGAUUUUUUCUGCAAAAGAAGCCAUCACUUCUUGGUUUAAUGAGGUCAAUUACUACUCUUAUGAGACCAAUAGCUGUAGACGAGUGUGCGGUCAUUACACGCAGAUCGUUUGGGCUACAAGUUACAAAUGCGGCUGUGCUGUUCACUUUUGUCCAAGCGUGACGGGCUUCUCUGGAACCAACGCAGCACAUUUUAUUUGCAACUAUGGACCGGCUGGCAACUACCCAAGGCGCCCGUACGAGAGGGGACCAGCAUGUAGCAAGUGCCAGGGCGAUCAGUGCACCAACAACCUGUGCAAAAAUGCUGAGCGUGACAAAGUCAUUAGUGAUUCCAGAUGGUAUCCAGACUGGGACAGACCUGCAUGUGAUGAGUACUGCAUCUCCGUUAUUGUUUUAAGGCUGUUAUUCUUCACACUGGUGAUUCCAGCCACCUGGAUUGUCCAGAAAUACUGGUCCGUAGCACCUGCCAGUGAAUAACACACAUGCAGAAGACUGUAAGAGCAGUUAGGUCAGUUCGUUCCUGUCCUAUGCACAAGGUACUGGCAGCAGAAAGAUCUGUAGAGCAACUGAUUGCAUCCACAGAUGA